AUGCCGCGCUUCAUGUACAAGGACCUGAUGACCGAGGCUUCCUCAUCCNNCCAGGCCUUCAGCCGCCUGGAUUUGGAUGCCACCUUUGGGGCGGGUACUUCGGAUCUUGUGGAGGCAACCUUCGAGGAGUUUGGUGGGAGCAAAGAUGAAUGUGAUGCGCUCGCAAAGGCCUGUUGCUGCUUUUGUAUCAUGAUGUCCCAUGUUGAUUGCCAUUGCUGCGACUCUUGCUGCCGCAGCCGUCGGCGAAGCUGGUCUUCCUGGAUGGAAGUUCCGACGCAGCAGGUCAUGGAGCCCAUGGAGAAGCCGGAGAAGCCCAGCUUUCUGGAGAAGCCCAGCCUCCUGGAGCGCAUCGCCAGCCUGACCUCGGAGGAUCUCGGUGCUGUGGUGCGUGGGGCAUCAGGCUCCCGCGAGUGGACUCUUCAGGAACGCCUGGGCUUCUGGCUCUUCGAGCAGAAGUUCACGCAGCCCGAGCGGCAGCAGCUUGAGAAGUGCAUCCAGGAGGUCCAGAAAGUGGCGCCCGACUUGUUGGACGAGGAUGAGGUCAACGUCACCGAAGCGGAGCGGGAGCUCAACUCGCACAACCCCAAGACCCUGGCCAAGCUGUUCAAGCUCCUCGUUACCACCGCCGUGGCCAAGCACGGCACGCAAAUCGCAGAAGGAGGGCUUGGCUCGAUCGGCAUCGGAGAAUGCGAGAAGGUCAUUUGCGCGGGGGAUCUGAAGUACGAGCUCGAUGGGACCGGCCUCCACAAGUGUACCUGGAACUGCCCUGCUGAUGGAGACCAACCCAUGAUCCCGGCGCAGUUCCAGUCCGUCGGGAUAUCAUUGGCCGAGCAGGUGCAGGAGAUGGAGGCCGAGACUUUUCGCAAUGAGACCAAGGAGGCCUUGGAGGCGAUCGAUGAGUCGAAGCAGCUGUCGGAUAAGGAUUUCAAGAGCUCCAAGGCCUGGGAUAUGGUGAAAAAGUUGGACCUCAACUUCCACAAGGCCAUCAGCGACGACCCCCUGGUGCUCCUCAAGACAGACGGCCCAAACCAACUGGGCCGCCCCAGAGCCUCAGCCGUCCGAUACCAUGGGAAGUGUGCUCCGGACGACCUCAUCGUGGGCCAACGGCUCAUCUUCACUGGGAGAGGCCACGCAGACAUCCCGUACGAGGCCGUGGUGAAGGUGGAACGCUUGGCGAAUGGCUGGUUGGACUUCUUCCCCGUGCCGGCAGGCCACGUCGAAAUCAAGUACCUGGGGAAGAAGGUCGUCGUCCCGAUCUCGCAGGUGAAGCGCGAAGCCUUGGGGAAGGUCAAGGUGGAUCCUGGCCUCCAAGAUUGGCUCUUCAGCACCCAGAACCACCUCGAGGUGAAGCCGCCGGCGAAGCAUGACCCCAGCCGGCAGCAGGUGGCUGACACCUUGUGGCUCCCCGUGAAGAAGGACAAAGGUGAGUAG